AUGAGUUAUCUGGCAGAUCUCGUCACGAAUCUUGCCCUCUCGGUGGUGAUUCUUUUAAUCUCUCGUUUUCUCUGGAAUUACAUCCGGUCACCACUCAAGUCCUUCCCGGGUCCUGCUCCUACCGGUUUCACCAACAUCUGGCGCCUGCAAGAUGUCUUUCGAGGGCGAUGCGAUAUCACACAGACUGCUUUGCAUCGCAAAUAUGGAUCCGCUGUUCGAAUGGGUCCGAAUCUUCUCAGUCUCUCUGAUCCAAACUUGAUAAGCCAAGUGUAUAACACGAAGAGUCCGUGGCUGAAGAGUAAUAUGUACAAUGUGAAUGAUGUCGUCGUCUCCGGAAUGCGUCUCAGCAACCUCUUCUCCAGCCAGGAUGAGAAGUGGCAUUCAACGUUUACUCGUCCCGUCAAGGGUCUUUACUCUAUGAGUAGGGUCCAGGAAGUCGAAGAUAAUAUGGAUAUUACAGUGAACCUGUUUCUUGAUAAGCUCCGGGAACGAUUUGUUCGGACCGGAAAGACCUGUGAGAUGACUGACUGGAUCAGCUUCUUUGCUUGGGAUGCUAUGAGUCAGGCUACCUUCUCUCAAGAUCUUGGUAUCCUGGAGGCUGGUAAAGAUUACAAGGGUUUCCUCGGAAGGUCUAACCAGACACUAGACUACUUUGCCUCAAUCUGCCAAAUCCCACUACUGGACAUGAUCUUUGACAAGAAUCCGGUUAUGCGCAUUGGACCUCCAACUUUCGUCUGGGCUAAUAUCUUCAGCCUCGAGCAACUCCAGAAACGUUACCAAGAAGGCAACCCCGGGAACAAGCAAGACUUCCUUGCCAAGUUCCUUGAGAUCAAAGAGAAGAACCCAGAGUUUGUCAACGAUAAUACAAUCAUCCUCUGGCUCCUCUCCAAUGUCCUCGCGGGUAGCGACUCCACCGCCUAUACUAUGUGCGCAGCAAUCUACUACGUCCUCAAGAACCCGGACGUCCACAAGAAACUCUGCGCCGAGCUCCGCGCCGCCAACCUCUCUCUCCCCGCAAGAUGGAAAGAUAUCCAAGGGCUUAAAUACCUUGAGGCUGUGAUGCGCGAGACUAUGCGCGUGCACCCGGGUGUUGGGCUUAUCCUCGAGCGGGUCGUUCCUAAGGGUGGACUGUCUCUCCCUGAUGGCCGCUUUGUACCCGAGGGAGUCACUGUAGGAAUGAACCCUUGGGUGAUCAACAAAGACGAGGGUGUUUUCGGGGCGAACACGGAUGACUUCAUCCCCGAAAGAUGGCUUCAAAGCCCAGGCGAGUCUGACGAGGUCUAUCAAGCGCGUUUUUCCAAGAUGAAGGGUACGGACUUUACUUUUGGGGCUGGAUCGCGCGCUUGUUUGGGACGGUAUCUGUCACAGUUGGAAAGCUUUAAGCUUAUUGCCACGCUGUUUAGUACCUUUGAUAUGGAACUUCCGAGUCAAGAUCAUCAGUGGAAGGUCAUCAACUCGUGGUUUGUGAGACAGAAGGAUCUACCUGUUCGUCUGUCAGAACGAAAAGACGGAGCUGUCGUUAUCUGA